GUAUUCAUUAUGAUCUUGAAUUUUAUAUUAUUGCUUUGGUAGAUAUAUGGUGUUAUUUAUAUUUUACUAUCUCAAGAGAAGAAGCUAGCUUAAAGAAUAGAGAAGCUCAAACCACAUGGGACGGAAAGAAACAUAGUCUAGAGCAUGACCCUCGUUUCCAUGGUGAAGGCCUCGAAGAUAAUGAUAGAGAACGUCUUUUUAAUGAACAUACUGAAGAUCUAUACCAAAAGCGCCUAAAAUCAUAUCAUGAACUUCUUAGCCAACAUGUAAAAUUAGACACUACGUGGAUUGAGAUUCAGCCAGUUAUCAAAGAGGAUCCACGUGCAGUGCGGCUUUCAAAGAAUGAAGCUCUUUUGGAGGAAUUGUUUGACAAAUACUUGGCUAGGGAGAUUGAAAAGGCUAAAAAAGAAUUUUUAGAACUCUUGAAAGAAAAUCAAUUUAUAGAAUAUAGGACGCGCAUGGUUCAAUUAUCAGAAAAUGGAGCAAAAGAUGAGACAGGUGCGGAGAAAGAAAAAGCUCGUGGGUUAACUAAAGAGGAAAUUCAUGAUGUGCUCAAGGAGGAUAAUCGAUAUUUGGUUUUAAACCAUAUGCCUGAAGUCCGUGAUGAAUUCAUUACGGAAUAUUUAAAUAAUUUUGAAGCUCCAAAAAUGACUGUUCAUCAAGGACGUUAG